AUGGCACUCGAAUCGUUAUCAAUAAAACGCCCACAUCCAUCUCCCGGGGUUGUGGGCGGCAUCGUCACACAUAAUCUCCUGCGAGACACAUUCACAAUCCAAACAUGGCUCCUCAUUGGCGCCGUUCUGCAAUCUCUACUGACAAUUUUCCUACCACUCCCCUACGCCAUCCUCCCUGCAAGCUGUCUCUUAUCAUGGCGCGCUAUGCAUACCAUGCUCAUGGCAUGCGGGCUUAUCAGAAACACGAAUAUGGAUGAUGUGAUUAUGGGGAAGUUCUCCGCGCAGAUCCCCGGGAGGGACAGUGUGAUGCCGAGGAGGGGGGCGGAGGAGGAUGUUACCGUUAUUUUGUUGGGGGCGAGAUCGAAUCAUCCCCUUGGAAUCUUCGGUCCCGGGUAUCAACAGGUCGGAGACUUUCAGAACAAAAUGCUAGCCCAACUGGAUGGCAAUGCAGAAAAAUAUGGAUUCCUCGGCUCAACAACAUACCUCGAAGCCACCGCGCGCCAAACCAGCAACCAAAUCAUAACAGCAUGCUACUUCCGCUCGAUUGAAGAACUGCACCGCUACGCGCAUAGUCCUCUGCACAGAGAGGCGUGGAAUUGGUGGAAUGGGAUCACCAAGACGCAUCCACAUUUGAGUAUCUCGCAUGAGGUGUAUCAUGCGCCCAAGGGGUGUUGGGAAAAUAUUUAUGUUAAUUAUCAUUUAACUGGGAUUGGGAAUAUGAGGGUUGAUGUUAAGAGUCCCGAGGAAGGCGUGAGGCCGAUUGUGGAUGCGAGGAAGGGAGGGUUGAGGACUCAGACGGGACGGUUAGCAAAGGGGAAUGGGGCGGAUAAUGAGAAGUAUGGGGCUGAUCCUUAUUAG